AUGUGUAACCUCAAUUUCGUAAAAUGCGGUGAACAGGCGGGGAUAAUACGAACCUAUCUGAUGACGAUCGUCCCGUUCCGACUUAACUUCGCACUUGGCAUUGCGGAAGAGAUUCUCGAGACACCUCAAGAGGAUUCCCAGGAGCAAACCCGAGGGUUAAGUAAGGCUCCUAGAGGCAGAAUACUCAGUGAUCAAGAUGUUGAUCAAGGGCACGGUGUCCUCAGGCCAGAAAAUAUCCAGUUCAGUACUCUGUACCCCAAUAUUGAGAUUACUGCACUACUUACCCCACUUCGUCUUCGAAGGCUGGCUUUUCACCGCAAGUUGGUAUCAGGGACCGUCGGCUGA